UCUGCUGGAGGCGGUUUGGACUCUUGGUUCCGCUGUUUGGUUGUGGAUACAUGAGGGGUUCGGUUCCGUUCUGGUUCUGUGAGUGUUUCUGGGCCUCUGCCUGCUCUCUGUGAGCGCUUUCCGCUCGGACUGUCAUUGAGAAAGUCCACAUGUUGGCUGGCUGGAGACACUUUCUGCAUCUUUUUCCAUCUGGAAAUCUGAUUUGUUUGUUGGAGGUCAAAGUUUCUGCUCUGCUCGGAUAAAUUUGCAGUCACCUCACCUCGCCGCUUCUCCGUAAAAACAAAAUGGAGGUUCUGCGGAUUGGUCUGCUGCUGCUGGAGGUGAUGAUGAUGUCAUCGGCGGCCAGAGGUCCUCCCAGGGUGGCGGGGAAGGUGGCCCAUCGUCAGAGCGUCCGUCUGGGUCGCACGGCCAAGCUCCCGUGCCCCGUGGAGGGCGACCCGCCGCCGCUCAUGAUGUGGACCAAAGAUGGCCGACACAUCCACAGCGGCUGGACCCGGUUCCGCGUGCUGCAGCACGGCCUGCGCAUCAAGGAAGUGGAGACGGAGGACGCCGGCACCUACGUCUGCAAGGCCACCAACGGCUUUGGCAGCGUCAACAUCAACUACACGCUGAUUGUCAUCGAUGACUCCAGUUUGAGGAACAGAGAAGGCGAACCCGCCGGCGGCGCCAUGCAGCCCCCAGACCUGGCUGGGAAACCAGUUCGUCCUCGUUUCACCGAGCCGGCGAAGAUGAGGCGGCGCGUCAUCGAGCGGCCGGUGGGCAGCUCGGUGCGGCUGAAGUGCACGGCGAGCGGGAACCCGCACCCGGACAUCGUGUGGCUGAAGGACAGCAAGCCGCUGGCGGAGGAGGACGGCAGCGCCGGCGGAGAGAAGAAGAAGAAGAGAUGGACACUGAGCCUGAAGAACCUGGCGCCGGAGCACAGCGGGAAGUACACCUGCCACGUCUCCAACCACGCCGGACAGAUCAACGCCACCUACAAGGUGGAGGUCAUACAGCGGACCAUCUCCAAGCCGGUUCUGACCGGAACCCACCCGGUCAACACCACCGUGGAUUACGGCGGAACCACGUCCUUCCAGUGUAAGGUCCGCAGCGACGUGAAGCCGGUCAUCCAGUGGCUGAAACGGGUCGAACCCGGAGACGAGGGCCGCUUCAACUCCACCAUAGAGGCCGGAGACCAGCGCUUCGUGGUCCUGCCCACUGGGGAGGUCUGGUCCCGACCCGACGGGUCGUACCUGAACAAGCUGCUGAUCAGCCGGGCCCAGCAGGACGACGCCGGCAUGUACAUCUGCCUGGGAGCCAACAGCAAGGGCUACAGCUUCAGGAGCGCCUACCUCACCGUGCUGCCAGACAGGAAGUCCCAGCCCAGCUCCGUUCCCAUGGUAACGCCCCCCGGCCUGCCCUGGCCCGUCAUCAUCGGCAUCCCGGCGGGCGUGGCCUUCAUCCUGGGCACCGCCCUCCUCUGGUUCUACCAAUCGAAACGCAGCUGCAGCGGCUCCGCCUCCUCCGCGCUGCCCGCCGCGCCGCGCCGGGAACGGGCCGGCCCGCCGCCGCCGCCCCCCGCGGCGCCGCCCACGGGCUCGGACAAAGACUCGCUGACAUACGAGGAAUACGCAGCGGCGCAUCAGCAGCUGCUGCUGGCGCCGAAGCUCUACCCCAAGGUCUACACGGAUAUACACACACACACACACUCACACGUCAACGGCAAGGUGCACCAGCACAUUCACUACCAGUGUUAGCAGACGCAGCUAACAGCACGCCACGAACUGCAGCAGGUAGAGACAGGAAGUCCUUCGCUUCAACCAAAGUCUGACCCGGUUCAUACGAGCUUCCAGAACCGGGUCGCAGUGACUGCAGCAGCUGCAGCAGCAGUGUUGGCGCUGCUUCGUCCUUCACCAACAUCAACCGACUGCAGCGACUCUGGAGCAUCAAACUCUAAAAGUGUUUUCAGUUCAUAAACUUUAAAAACACAGAUAAAAAAUGUUUCACUUCUUUUGGACUUAUUCUUUGUGAAUCGUAAACAUAGACAUGCCACACUUUUCAGAUUUUUAAACUGUAAAACUGCUGAAAUAAUUUUAUUCCCACUUUCUGUUGAUUUUUCUCAUAAAAUCUUAAUAAAAAGAGUUUUUAACAUUGCAAAGUGAAGGUUAAGUCCAAAAGGUGUGAAACGUUUGACCAGAUUGUUUAUCUGAUGAGUUUAAAGUUAACUUUAACUCCUUUAAAGGUUAAAGUUAACUGUAACCUUUAUAGUAGUUGACUUUUACAACACAGAUAAAAAAAUCCUUCAAGUUUUCACACGUUUGGAUUUUUUCUGCAUUUUUCAAAGUUACAUAUUUCUUAUUAAGAUUUGAUGAGAGAAUCAACAUAAAAUGGAAAUAAAUUGAUAUAAAUUGAAGAUUUCAUCUUUUCACUUUUCAGAUCCUGAUGUGUGAAAAAUGUUUCCUGGUUAUUUUCCACUUCCUGUGGCUCUGGAGACGAUUGGAGGAAAACUGUUUUUGUGAUCAUAAUGGAUUCAUUUCUCAGGCGAAACGUAGCUGAGCCAAAACAAACCGAUGAGUGAUGUCACUUCCUGCUCCCGUUGAGCUGAGGUGAUGAUGUCAUCAGUUACAUUUAAACAGGGAAACAUUUUAGCAUCGCUAGCUAACUUUGUUUAAAGUGAAAUUAAAUCUUGAAGUUCUGCUUCAGUGAAAACGAAUAAUUUAGAUUAUAUUAAAAAUAAAACAGUUUUAAACGUUUUGUUUAGGCGCCCAUCUCACUUGGUGCCAAAAUAAUCAUAAUCCAGUAAAUAAACAUUUGUUACAUGGAAACAUGCAAUAGAUUAAAUUUUAAAAACAAAUAAAAAUAUAUGAACAAAAGAUGUUACAAUUUGUCAAAAUAUUCCUGUUGUGCAAAACAUCAUGUAAUAAGUUAAAGGUCCCAUAGUUCGUUAAAAAUAUAUAAAUAAUUUUUCAAAUAAUAUUUAUUUCAUGUUUAAUAUUAUUGUUUUAAACAAAAUUCAAAUAAAUGCAUAAAAAACUAAUUUUAUGAUUCAAUAUUUUCCAGAAUAAUUAAAAUGUAUUAACUGAAAUCAUCAGUAUUGUAAAUUAAUCUCAACAGUAAAUGUUGCUCAUAUAAUAAACCCUAAAGUUUGAUUGGUUACCGCAGACAACGGCUGAACUGGCGACCAAUCAGCUUCUCUAUCGCAGCAUUAGCCCCGCCCACUGAAACAAAAUGCUGAGAACCUGAAACAAUUCAAUAUUUUUAAAGUAUAUUUCAGUCACAUAUGUUUUUAUUAAACCACUUAAAUAAACAUGUAUUUAUGUACAAUAUUUUGGUGUUUUUGGCUCUUAAUAAUAAUAAUAAUAACGUUACAUUUUAAACGAUGCGACCGGCUUUGAGUCGGGGGAAAUUUCUCCAGAAAAAUCUGAAAAAUGUUUCGCUGUGAACCUCAGAGGAAAUCGUUCGGUACCUUCAGGUUUUUGCACAAAUCUUCACAAUAAAGAAGGAUAAUGUAAAAAUAUAUAUAUUUUUAUAAAUAAUGCAUAUAGUACUGUUUGUUAUCUCUAAUAUGUUAUCAGCAUCUCUACAGUCGCUGUGAAUUAAUUUAUCCGUCUCUGCUGCCAUUUCAACCCAUUUAGUGAAUAAUAAUAAACGCUUUGACUGCAUCUAAACGUUACAUUUCUUCUCCUGUGGGACGUUUCUGUUUUUAUUUAAAGUAAAAUAGAUUAUCAGGAUCGUUUUCAUUGAAAAUAUUUUUAUUUUCUUUUAAUGAAUAGUUGUCCAAAAACAAUAAUUAGUUUUUCCAUCAUGUUGCAAACUGUGUUUAUGUGAACCGACCACUAAUGUACAUGAAAUAUCAUUAAUAUUAUACAUCUACUUUAUAUUUCUUUAAACAGUUCAGAAGUUAUAGCAUCGGGAUAAAAAAUACUGAAAAAAGGAAAGUGUGUUUUUAAUUUAUUUCUUGUUAUUUUCCAUAUAACUGGGCAUUAUUACUGCAUGAAUGGAUUUCUGUUAGUCAUAAUGGAAGCUAUGUAGCAAAAGCUACAAUCAUGAUAUUGUAAGAUAAUGUAUAUGUGCGGAGAAAAUAUACAAGUUUUAUUGAUUAUCUUCAUAAUGACAAUCCUGUACAGAUGUUGGUAGUUUAGAUUGAAAACUGUUUCCUGUAUCGUUAUAAUCAUGUUGUUGGUGCCAUUAAAACAUGAAAUCAUGUUCCA